UAUUUUUUUUUUCCACCAUGAAUGUCCUCAAACUUCAUUACCAUAGCAAAUUCUCUUCAAUUUCUGGGAAUUUAUCACCCCGUUCAUCUUUUUUAGCACCCCAUUUCAUAUUUUUGCCUACCCACAAACCAAAAAUUCUGCCUUUAGUUCUUAAUUGUUCUCUUGACAACUUUAAGCCAAGUAAUGUGAAAGGUUCAACUGUAAAAACCCAAAUUUGGAGUGAUAAAGAAGAGGAAAAUUCAGAGGAGUAUGAGUACUUAGCUCCAGAUGGGGUUGUUCAUAAGAGGACUUUGAGACUAGUAGAGGGUGCUAUGUUUGCUGCUGUUUCAGGAUUGGCUUAUCUCUUGAGCAAUUCUCUUGCUAUUGAGAAUUACUUCGGCUGUUUCUUCGCAUUGCCAAUUGUUGUAUCCUCGAUGAGAUGGGGUGUCGCAGCUGGCAGGAAAACCAUGGUGGCAACUGUUGUACUCUUGUUUGUCUUGUCUGGUCCAGUGAAGGCAUUAAAUUAUAUGCUAAUGCAUGGUUUACUUGGCUUCACAAUGGGUUCCUUAUGGAGGCUAAGAACAAGUUGGGGCGCCUCAAUCUUGUUGUGUGCUCUUGCUCGGGCUGUGGGUGCUCUCGGAUACGUUAUAUUAUCCUCAUUUUUAAUAGGAGAAAACAUCCUUGCUCUGAUCACGAUAAACAUUCAUGCUUCUCUCUCGUACAUCCUCACAUCCUUAGGCAGUCCGAUAGUUCCUUCUAUGAAUUUUAUAUACACCUUAUUCGGGACUCUGCUUUUGAUAAACUGUGCGUUCUUCGUGUCCUUGCUGCAUCUUCUCUAUGCCAUUUUUCUUACCAAAUUUGGCAUGAAAGCUAAUUUGAGACUGCCAAGGUGGUUAGCCAUAGCAAUUUAAACAUGCUAAAGGGUGCACUCUCAUUCAAGACGCGGU